AUGUCUUCCAUUAUUAUGAUGCUUUCAUCAACACUAGUGACGACAGGCUUGUCUGCUUAUACCACAACAUCAUCAACCUGUUUCAUUCUUCAGGGCACAUACACAAAUGGUACAAGUCUGGGGUUCCUUGCUGUUGAGGAUUACCAGUUUGGAGUUUGGGCUUCAUUCGUCGGUGAGAGCUCGCGAGGAACAAAGCUUGGCAUCGAUGGAAUCACUGGUAACCUAAUCAAUUACGAUGGGGAAAGUGUGCAGCAAGGGUUUACGGCCUCGACAUAUUGGGAUGGCAUAAACAAUGUUGCGGGCUCUAUCGUCUUCGACAUGCUGUACUUUGAUAAUCCACAAAGUCUACUGGAUCCAGAGAGCAACGAACACAUUGCGGCCGUGUGUGAAGUCGACUCCAACAACAUCCUAGCUUGCGCUCACCGCUGGAGCCCGGACUAUCAAAUCUUCUCGUAUUGCCCCCAAAACGAUAUUGGCUUGGUCAUUGGCGACGGCAGUGAUCCGAGGUUCGAUUGCGAGCCUAUCGUGCUGCGUGCGAAUGCGGCCCAGGGCUGCGUUCUUCCAACAAGCACACCCGUCUCAUCGCCCACACCAACCCGGACACUAACCACGUUGCCCACGGGCACCGUGUCGCCAUCGAGCCAGCCCUUGUGCAUGGGAGGAAAGACACAAUGUGCGGACGGCUUCUUGGUCAGGUGCGACAAGAAUGUAUACAACGACAGCACAAAAUGGACUCUUGCCGGCGGCGUUCUGGACGAGCCUAUUGGAGACUUGCCCGUCACGUCGAGCCUAGAGUGCCACCAGGCUUGCGUCAAUAGAGCCACAUGUGCAGCGUGGAAGUACUUUGAACAUUCCUUCGAUUGGCUCUACUGUUGGCACACAAAUGAAACUAUUGCUGGUAAUGUUCAUUUUCAUGUUUCAGACUUUGCGUCCUACAGAUUCGGAGUGAGAGGUGCAUGUACUUAA